AUGACGUACCGCAUCCACAAUGGUCUAAUAGCCCAGCAUGUUCCUCGAAGUGGCAAAGAUGAAUUUCGAUUUCACAUGGUAGAUCAGGCAGGAAAACUGUCAUUACAUGGCUCCGUGUUUUUAGAAGACUCCGUGAUUGAUUUUGCUUGGGGCAAAGCCCCCAGCUCGAAGAAGAAAAGAGAGCUUAAUGGAACUGCAAAAAACCUCAUUGCAGAUGAUUCGGUGAUUGCAAUAUUAAGCUCAGGAGAUGUCGUUUCCAUCUCGGCUCAAUCGAGGGUAGUAGUGAGGCACGAGGUGAAGACAAAGUUGUCAAAAAUUAUUUCGAUUGAGGAUAACACGAUAUGGGGGUUGUCUAAGGGCAGUUUCUACAAAGUCGAAUUAGAUGCAAAGAGUACUAAAGUGAAAGUGCCGGAGUUUGUUAGCAUUGUCAUCAAAAGUGGUGUUACAUAUAUUGGCACUUCUUCGGGGCUUUUUAUUGGAAGGAUAUACAAAAAUACCUUUGAAAAGGAGAAGGAAAUAAAAACUGGGUUCGAGGUACUGUCUAUAGAAGUACAAGAUUCCGUUGUUGUAGCAUCUUCAACGUCCCAAGCGGUGCUAGUGGAUGGAGAAGCUAGUGUCAAAGAGUUGAUCACAGGAGAGAACGAAGUUAAAAUACAAGUUGCAGGAGAAAUUUUCAUCAUCAGUAGUGAGUCAUUAAAAGUUUUUACGCCGACGGGGGAUUAUGUUAAAAAUGUGAGUACUUCUCACCCAAUCGAUUAUGUUUUUACCAUGGACGGAUCAAACUAUGUCAGCUGGCACAGUGGUGCUGACAUUCAUGUACAACAAAUCACAGACGACACCGAUUCUAUAGCUUUACAAAAUGGCACAACUGCAAAACCAAAAAGCUCCACUUUGAUCCAUGUUGAAGAUGCUGUGCAAGAACUAGACUUGAAAAGUGUUGAGGGUCGAUUGCAUGAUAUACUAGGCCAAGACGAUGUUAAUGCGGCAGACGUAACUGAAUUAUGCUCUGCAUUACACAACGACGAUGACGUCAAACAAAUAGUAUCAGAUUUACCGCAGGAGCAAGUCGAACGAUUAUUCAAAGCUCUCAAUACAAGUACACCGGUGUGGCUCAAGUGGUUACUAUUGAUGCAUGGAAACCUGAUUGCCAAGUCUUCCUUUCCAGUCAAGAACCUUCAACAAGAACUUCGAUCCAAUAUUGGAACAAUACACGUCGAUCGAUAA